AAAGAAAAUUCGUGAUUAUUGUUGCUCGUAUAAUAAUAAUUGUGUUUUCGCAAAUGGGUGCCACAAGAAGCAUCGACAGACAACUAAGAAGAGGAAGAAACUCCGAAAUAUCGAGCAUUGACGGAACAACUUUUCGAUAAACCACAAGUGUCAAUGAUGAUUUUGCGGAGAGAAUAGCGGAGGAAUUAUCAAUAUCAAAAACAGACAUGCAGAUUUGUAUGAAUAAAACAAAUGUUGUGCCCGAGGAUUUCAUGAAAUUGGAUCAAUUAAUGUACGAUGAUGUGAAGACAGUGGAUAUCAAUAAAUCUGUUUUAAAAGUCGGUUGUCUAUUUGCUUGCCUACUUCAGAAAAAAGGAAUGCUUUUAGGUCCACAUAUCAAUGUGGAGAAGAUAAAGGAAUUUGUGAACACUAGAAUGCGCUCACACACAGACAGUGAAGGCAUCGCCAUAGGCAAUCGAAUAUUGGAUAAAUGUACCGAUCAAGUUAAAAGCAAGACUGACGAAUGCGAAGUAGCUAUUAAGAUCCUCCUGUGUGCAGCUACGGAAAUAAACCGUUUAAGGAAUGUUUGAAAAAGUAUAAUAAGAUAGAAUAUUAAAAUAUUAUACUAGAUUUUAGCAAUAAUUUAAUGGAUAUAAAAUAUUGAAUUUAAGCAAUGUAUGCGCUUUUAAGGAGUUAAAAUCAAUUUUUUCUUGA